GUCAUGUAUCUGAUUGCUGCUGUCUGCCUCAUGAUGAGCUUUUGGGAAGAAGCAGAUAGUUUCUGUCCUUCUCAGUGCACUUGCAUUUAUCAUGGCAGGAGUGACGGCACCGGGACAAGGUCUGUGCUGUGUAAUGAUCCUGAUAUGUUUGAGAUCCCUGUAAAUGUUCCUGUGGACACCAUAAAACUACGGAUAGAAAAAACAGUGAUACGAAAGAUUCCAACAGAAGCGUUUUAUUACUUGGUGGAUCUCAAAUACCUGUGGCUUACCUACAACAGUGUGGCUAGCAUCGACACCAGCAGCUUUUAUAACUUAAAGCAGUUGCAUGAGUUGCGUCUUGAUGGGAAUUUGCUGUCAAGUUUCCCUUGGGAAUCUUUGUCUGAAAUGCCCAAUUUACGAACCCUUGAUUUGCACAACAAUAAAGUGACCAGCAUUCCGGCCGAAGCUGGAAGGUAUCUGAGAAACCUCACUUACCUGGACAUAUCCAGCAACAAAUUAACCACCUUGCCAUCAGACCUCAUGGAUAUUUGGCCUCCUUUUUCUGAAGCAGCAUCGCUCAGAAACAUCGACUCAACAACCCAGAGGGUCAUUUUAGGUUUGCAGGACAAUCCAUGGUAUUGUGACUGUCGGAUUUCAAAGCUUAUUGAAUUUUCCAAAAUUAUGGAUACCACCGUUGUGCUUUUGGAUCCUUUUGUGGCUUGUAGCGGACCCGAGAGCCUAGCUGGAAUCUUGUUUCAAAGAGCAGAGCUGGAACAAUGUUUAAAACCAUCAGUUAUGACUUCAGCCACAAAGAUUACCUCAUCUCUGGGAAGCAAUGUUCUGCUACGCUGUGACGCGACAGGCUAUCCCACUCCUCAACUUACCUGGGUUAAAUCAGACAACAUACCAGUAAACUAUACAGUUAUUCAAGAAAGUCCCGGAGACGGUGUCAGAUGGUCCAUUAUUAGUCUGACAGGCAUUUCCUACAGGGAUGCUGGUGACUACAGGUGUAAGGCCAAAAAUUUGGCUGGACAGUCAGAAGCUUCCGUUACUGUCACAGUUGUCGGUGUUGUCACCACCACACUGUCUCCACAAAAGUAUGGGAAGAAGACUGAAGCAGAGCCUCAAAAUACAACACAGGAAGAUGUCGUCCAGGAAUCCUUAAUUGCAACCACUUUUUCUCCUACGACAUCGACUCUUUCCGCCAUGACAACAGCAGUGGCUACAACUGAAGGCCUUACCACAGAAAGAGCCACUGACAAAAAACAGCCCAAGUCUACCCCUGAUGGAAGAAAGAAUUUCAAGGCAGCUAUCAAUGGAAACAACAAGAAGAUGGGUGACUUUGCUAAGAAAGACGAUGGUACGGUCACCGAGCAAACUGUUGCAAUAAAAAACCUAAGAGUGAUCUCUGAAACUGAUGAACGAGUAACCUUAACGUGGAAAACCGUCAAUGCCACAAGCAGCUCUGCUCUGACUGUCCUGUACUCCAAGUACGGGGAGAAAGACAUGCUGCCACUGAGCAUAGACCCCAGCAAAAACAAGAUCACAAUAGACGGUUUGGAGCCCAGUAUACAAUAUAUGGCCUGUGUCUGCCCCAAAGGGAUCCCGCCCACAAAAGACCAAUGCAUCAUUUUCUCCACUAAUGGAACUGGCCUUGAAGAUGAGUCUCAGAUUUCCAUUUUACUGGUGACUGGUGGUGUGGCCUGUGUGGUUAUUUUACCGUUGAUAUUUUUCUUACUAUAUAAAGUCUUAAAGCUUCACAGGAAGCCAAAAUCCACCAGGGAAGCUGAUCUUGCUAAAGAGACCUAUGUCAAAUUUGAAACCCUUUCCCUUAAACCUCGGUCCGUGGGGGCAAGUGGAGAGCUCUGGACUCGUAGGAAUACAGGAGAGUCAGAAAGGCUCCUUUGCUCUCGAUCAAGUAUGGAUUCUCAGAUGACUUUCAAAAGUGAAGGUUCAAGGUCAGAGUAUUUCUGUUGA